AUGCGAACUUUCCGUGGAACCGGCGGCUUUUUGUUUGUUGUCAACUCGCGUGAAAGUCAUAAGAUUUACCACGUGAUAAAAUUCGUUCCCAGAUUACAGAAGGUAUUGUACGGUCAAUAUGGCGGCGGCUUCCUGUUCCUGAAGAGAAGUAUUUUUAAAAAAGUCAGUCAUUGAACGUUGGAAUAUCCUGUACAUUGUGUUCAGUGCAAGGGAUUUAUUCGUGUACAGAAGUAUGGUUAUAGCAGGGAUCUAAAGUAAUACAUAUAUCUCGUUCCUUAAAAACAGGGGCUAAUUGUUAGUGUCGUAUUUACAAAGUCAGGUGACACUACGGACACUACCGACAGGAAAGGCUGCGUUCCAGACGUGGAAGUUGUCCGUGAGGACAUGCACGACAGUUCGUGGUGGAGGGGGCGAUUUUGUACAAAUGCUGCUUGGCUUUUAUUUCUCAAAGGAAAAUCUACAAAUGUAAGCACAAAAAGGGUGAUCUGGGUCAGCAGUGGUUAGCACCCAUAUUCUACAGACAGUUCGACCUGCUUUUCUGGCAUCUCAAGUCUCUAAAUUUCACUGCAAAAAGAUGAAAGCUCUUUUGAUUAUUAGCUCUUUGCCAGACAUUAUUUUUAUUCAUGCUGACAAAGGAUUUGUCAAACACAUUAACAAGCUGUCACGUGAGGCUGGUUUUAUAGGUGAAGACCACAAUGAAGAUGAAAUGGACACUACGGCAUUAUCUCAAAUAUUUUCCCCAAUGAUCACAUCACUCACUUACAUGAAUGAACUGGGAAACCCUUAUUCAUCCAUCUUGUGUGAAGAUGGCACAUUGUUCGUCUUCAGGCAGGUGAGUGUAAGGAUAGGCUCAAUUUUUGCUAUUCUCUGGGUCCUCCACAGGAGAGAGCUGGGGAGGAACACAGGGGUAUGAAAAUAUUUUAGUUGGAGUUUUUAUAUUCGUGCAGGAGAACACGGAUUUAUUACCAACGCUAGACUGUUCACAGUCCCCUAUUUUUCCGUGAGAUCGUCGAGAUCGAGUGCGUCUUACCAUUAAUGGCGGCCAUCUUGAUUUUCAGUCGUACCGAGUCUAACCUGGGGAUGAGUAUCAAAUCUACUUAGGGGGUGGGGGACGGUUUGGGAGGAGGCGAGAAAAAUAUUUAAUCUAUUUUUCUCGCCCCCCACCCCCUAGAGCUAUAAUCCCCGACGCCCGCCCCCUCGGUACAUCUAAAAAUCAAGAUGGCCACCAUUAACGGUAAGACGCGCUCGAUCUCGACGAUCACACGGAAAAAUAGGGGACUGUGAACAGUCUAUACCAACGCAGGCCUAUUUCCUGAACAGCAGCUGGUAAUCGAGCGUUUUACUUCUAUUAUCUACUUUUUGCCUCUUUUUUUUUUCCUUCUUCCCCCCGCCCCUGGCCCAAUGUCAAGAAAAACGUUACUGUUUGUGCAGUGUGCGUAAUAUUCUUCUGUUAUAUUCCAACAUUGAAUUGGGGAAUGUGGGACAAUUAGCAAAAGAGAAAAAUCUCCUUUUUGAGGAUUAAAAUGGACUACUGUUACGUUGUACAGGCCCCGUGUACAACCUUCUCAACUACUUUUAUUUGGGAUGAUAGGUUGAAAAAUAUUAACCUGAAUUAAAUUUUGACCUGUCACACAUACAUUGUAAUCCUUAAAUGACUGUGAACAUAAAGGAUUUAUUUGUAUGGGAAUUUUUGUAACAUUUAACCCCAAGUUUCCAAAAUGGAAAUCUCUUCAAUCUCAGAAGAUCAAAAAAUAACUACACAGGGAGCAAGAACAGACUAAGUAAAUAAGGUAAACUCCAGCUCAGCUAGUAUUUAUCUUCUUGAAUCUAUUGCCUGAAUCCUCAUACAAAUCCUUUAUGUUCACCGCCAUUUGAGAAUUAUGCAAUAAAUUAUUAUACCACAUGGAUUAAUCAUAAUUUAUAAUACAUUUGUAAUUGAAGUCUCAUACUGAGCUUGGGCUGCCUGUGGUUAAACUUAAAGAUACAUGUACAGAGCAGGCCAGCUAUACACUGUCUCAGUAUCUUGCCUUUGGCACUGAUAAAGAGAGUUUGUUUAAAAAGAACUAGUAGUUUUUAUCUCAGUCUCAGUAUUUUAGUCAGUUUGUCAUUGGUCCCAAGGCUUCAACUGUUAAUUACUGCUGGUCUUCAUAAGACAAUCUUAAAGGCCUUGCUUAUGUCAGUUAGGGGGGUGUUUGCUCAGGACCCAGCUAGAGGCGUGAGGCUUUUGUGCCAGUGUUUUGAGUAAACAGUCACUUUUACCCUCCAUGUUGAAGCCUGCCAUAGUGCUUUUAGUUCUUUCUCACUAUUAUUUGUAUGUUAUGAAUUCUAGUUUGAUGACAUGGUUUUCACAGCAGUUAAUGGUGAUGGAGAAGAAUCAGAGGAUUUUCUGAAGAGAAAGCUAUUAGUCCUAUUCAAGUUGGCUACUCUGCAUUAUGGACCAUGCCUUGAACUAUUAAAACCAGAAAUACUAUCAGCCCAGAAAAAAGCCUGGAAAACUCUGGGUGGUUUGAUUGACACAUGGGGUUUUCUUUCCUCACAACAACAGAGUUUCUUAGUUGAAGCUGUUGAACGAAUUCAUGUGAAUCAAACGUUAAGUGAAAUGAGUAUUAAGCUUCUGGAUACUACACUUAACCUGGCUAGAACUAAAGGUGAACAGAAUGUGCUUCAUGCUCUUCUGCUUGUCAACACCAAGCUUCUUAGUCUCUAUUCCAGGUAAUAUGACUGUAUACGGUGCUUUUUAGUUUUGUACUUUAAACUUAUGUGCAUGUUAAUAUUAUUUCUCAUGUUCCAUUUGUGGGAGGGGUCCAGCAUGCAAGGUACUAUGUCUAUCAGAAUAAUAUUUUUUAAGUCUUUUGACUCAUUAUGGUGUGAGUGUGAACCAGAUCCUUCUUUCUCAUUUAAAUGUAUAAAGUAGAAUCCUAAUUCAGAUCCAAUAUGAUUUCUCUUUCCCCAGUCAAACACUGUAUUAUAUUAUUAUUUUUCCCACAGUUCUUUUGAGCCGCCAGAUAAUUUUGAACUAAUGAUUUCUCUAUGUUGUGGUUCAUUAUUAUUAUUCUCAGUGUAAAUUUCAUUCAUCCCUUUGUUGGGUUUGGAAAUCAGAUGGAGUGAUGAUUGCACAAUGAUAAGUCAAAGGCAAUAAAAGGAAAAUAAGAUUUGCACCAAAGACUAAUUCAGUGGCAAAAUAUAUAUGUAUUGCUUAAGAUUGAGGGAAGGGUUUAUGAAAUUUGUCCUUCAACAAAUUGCAAUGUAGUGAAAUAUUCAUUCAGAGAAACAAAUAGGAACACAUGGACUGUCUGUUUGUAUCUUGAACCAUUUCAAAGCAAUUUUAGCAAGUUUUAGAUUUCAAGUUGCUCUUACAGGAAGAAACAGGAGGGAAGGUACAACUCUAAACCUUGCCUAAACAGCUUUCCACACAUUCUCUCAUGAAAGUGAAACAGAUUACGGUUUUCGUAGAGUCUGGGGUGCUUGUGAAAACUGACUGUUCUCCUCUAUUGAUGCCAUUGUAAAAGUUAAAAUAUAAUAAUUCUUAUUUUUUUAGUGAGAGAAAAUAAAGAAGCUUUCCCAAUUAUAUUCUUAUUGUUCCAGGAAAUAGAGGAUAUCAAUUUAUUCGCUUUAGUGUGGAAUCACAAAGGAAUUUACUAAGAGUUGGGGCAGAAUGAUUGGCUUAAAUUGCAUUCUAUCUACUACCAAGGUCGUUCACCCAGUGACUUAAUAUGCAUUGCCAGCCACUAGUAAUAGUGACGUUUUCUAUGCCAGACAAUUCCAAGAAUGUGAUACCUGUCUUAGGUUUAAUUAUUCUUUUUUUCUUUUCUUUUCUUUUUAGUCGGAAUGCAUCUGAGCUUAAGGCGGCAGACAUCUUAAUGAUUACAGUUAUCUUACACAACAUCUUCCCACAUUCCAAACAAGCCAUCCCACUAACUCUUAACAGAACACCACCUCCCCUGGCACACCCAGUGGUCCGCAAAGGAGGGCCAUCAGUGUCACACCGCAUUAUCAGUGGCCCAUUAUCACAAGGGGUUUCCUCUAUGCAAGGAGAAACCUCAGGGACAUCUGCUCAUUCUGAUCCGGUAGACAUCAACACAUCUUCACGGAAAUAUGCAAGUGGAGAUGCUGAGGAUGUAGGAUACACUGGCUCAUCAGUUGAAGAUGAAUUUUAUUCUCCACGGUCAUCACCCACUCCUUUCAGUCCUGUGGACGGUAGAGAGUCUGCAUCACAGGAUGUUCCAAAACCUCCCAAAGAGCAUUUCUUUACUCCAAGGGCUCCUACUCCAGAGUACCUAAGGAAACUGGUAAAGAUGUCAUGUGACUUUUAUGUUAUAAUAAUAUAUUACAGUCAGCUCUCUCUUAGCAGACACCUCUAUUAGUAUAAGACAGACACAUCUCUUAGGUGCACCUAGUGUUGGUCCCUGCCAUUUUUCAGUCAUUUUACUGUAACUAUAGUGACUCUCUAUAAGAUAGACACUUUUCUAAGACAGACAAUGCACACUUUUAACACUGUCAACGGACAGUUGAGAAUUACUUUAUGCAGUGAAAAAUAUCUCAACAUGGAAGUGUAGGUCCCCAGACUUCCAUCUCUCACCCUUGGGUCACGGCACAAUAUGGGAUGUAGGUGCUCCGCUAUAUUCAAGUAAAUUGCAAUUUAGGGGGAACAAGUUGUAACAUAAACCAAUACAGUACAUGUAUGCGUCUCCUGCAGCUCAUAUCUUGAAACCAUGAUCGUCAUUUGUGAACACCGUGUGGAGAGAAACAAAUGCACUGUCUUGAUAACCUGUAAAACGGUUAUCUUCUCUCUGUUUAAGCUGAACUCUUUUAGCCUUUAGAACUUCACAAUAGUCCCACCGGAAACAAACCAUUAUAACAUAUUAAUUUUUGCAUGACAGCUUAACUACUUACAGUACUGUACUACAGUUUGUUUUGCAGCUAAAACUUUUACUCAAAGAAGUGUGUAUAUAUUACUGUAUUGUCAUUAUUUUGAUGCUUUAAGUAAUAAGACAACUAAGCCAUGAAGUUGCGUUGGCUUGUCAUGAACAUUUGAUCGCAAAUUGAGAUUGCAAUCUUGUGUUUUCUUUGUUUCCUUGACAACUCACCCAGGGUAAUUCUUGACUUGACCCUCUAGCCUUAGAAAUAAUUGUAUAAAUGGCUGGAUUUUUGAAAACACAACUUCCAAAAUAGACUUGUUCUGCCAAGCAUUCUUUUUUUGUUCAAAAAGGUCUUCAAUGUAGAUGUUGUGGUUCAAUGUUAUCUUUGGUUUAAAUUUUAUUUCUCUUUGUUUUGGGGUAUAAAGAUGUAUGAUAAUGAGUUUAAAACAAAGGGAAAUAAAAUGUAAACCAAGGAUAAAAUUGAACCACAACACAGCCAAUAUUUUUUCUCUUCUUAUCCUCGCAUUCCUCUAGUGUUUUCUCUUUUGUUUUUGCUCGUUUUCCUUCAGUUGUGUAAUUUUCGGGCCCAUUGGAUGCAAGAAACUUAAUUCUUUGGCCUUUUUUUCGUCAAGUACCGGCGAGUUUUGGUAGUUGCAAAAAUCCAGCCAGAUAAUAUUGCAUUACAUGUACUCUUUCUCUUUCAUCAUUGUUAAGGUUGAAGAAGAAGCAGAGGGUGAAACAGAUGAAGAAGAACCUGACUCACACAGCUCAGACAGGCAGCAUGAGUAUUACCGCCAGCCAGUUUACUUAAGCUCAGACAAGUGCCCUUAUUUGCCACAUGUUCUCCAUUUUGUUCGUCUUGGCACUGGAACUGUGUUAGUCCUUGUGAGUGAGGUAGGCAAUUAGUUAUAGAAACCCAGAGCUGGGGCAGUCCCCUAUUAAAGCUAUAUAGGUUUGGCAGCCGAAAAGGGUACCGCUUUGGUAUUUGGCACCAUUUUUUGGUUGGGAAUUAGGCAUAGGUCUGUUUUAGUCUGAAGUAGGGAACGUUUUUGUGCUCUCUGGGACCGGGUCUGGCAAUUGGGUAGGCUCUUAGAAAAUCCCAUAUUUUGGUCUGUAAUUGGGUAAGGGUUACAGAAAGCAUACCGAUAGAUAUGCAUCUUCUAGUUGGUAAAUUGGUGAUGAAGGUGGCUUGGUUCUCUUCUCUCUGCUGGUUUGUCUUUUUGUGAGAAUGAAAUGUACUUCAUGUUACCUCUCAACCAGGCAUUUAACGGGGUACCAAUAAACCCAAAGGGAAAUACUUUGUUAUCAAUGAGGACACUACUACUUCUUGAUGUUCUCGUUGUGCCUGUGGUGAAGUAUAUAUUUAUACUGCUUAUUAAGAUGUUUAUGAUGUUUUGCAGUGACCUCAAAAUCUUCAUUCCUGUUUUUCUUAUUUGGGCAAUCCCACGUGAAUCUCCCGGAAUUAAAAAAGGGCUCUGAAAAAGCUAUACGUUAUUAUGCUUGUAGGAGCUGAUCACUUUAAUUUGCUUGCUUUUUAACUGUUUGUUCUCAUAUUUUCUCUGGUUGACAGACAAAACAGUCUAAUGUGGCAUCGUUCAUCUACCAAGCUUUACAAUCCUUGGCUAGCAUCAAGCCAUCUGAAGAUCAGGGCCAGCGAACUGCACAUCAGGCUCAAACUCUUUUGGAGAAACUGGAAGCUUCAGUCAGGAGAGUUCUAGAGCCCAUUAGAACCGCUGUUGGGGUAGGGAUGCAAGUAAUUUUUCUAUUUCUUGAAAGAACAUAUGCCCGGCCUAGUCACCAUUUUGGUCGGGAAAAAACUGUGGUCGGAUCGAUCACGGACAGAUUACGUGUCAUUAGUAUUGUGCAUGUAAGGCGCUGGGUUCAUAAGUGGACUGAUUAACCCAUACAGAAUUUCAUUAAAGCAAUCGUUUAAUGUUCCUUUUUUUUCACAGUAAUUCACAUGUUCCGAAAGAAUAAAAUAGAUUUUAUGCAUCUGCAAAAUAAUAGUCUUACCUGUUAACUUCAUCCCGAUAACAUAACUGACGACAAUGACUCUGAAGAUGACUACCGCGCAGGUUGUAGAAAUGUCAGUCACUAUCAACUGGCAACAGUCAUAUUCAUUACCACGAUCACCGGGACGAUAAUGCUCCACCUUCUUAUAACUGACGAUAGUUCAGAUUUCAUUGAAUAUUGUCCUUUUGACAACAACAGCAACAACAACAAAUUUUAUUGAAAAUUGGAAUUGAAUUUAUAACUAAUUACAUUACUUUCCCACCGGCAAAUAGCUUAUAAACUAAUCGAGGCGGGGAGAGCUGAAGACAUAUUACAAGUACAAGGUUUAUCUAUAGAUGGACUAAAUAACAGUGAAGACAAUACUAUACAGUAAAUAGAAUAAACUAACAUAAAACAAGGCAAGGACGUAACGAUUACGAAGAGAGGCUGACCUAAAGUAUUAAAUAACUUAAUAAGACGGGAGACUUCGACAUAAUCAUCUUUUGACCGCAAGAAAUUUAGUAAUAAUUCCUUUAUUUUUUUACGAAAGGACGAACGUUUAAGUAUUUUAAUCGAAUAAGGAAUAGAGUUCCAAAUUUGGGCGCCGAUUCUAGAGAAAAAGGCAUACAUUUUAUCGAUUCUAAAGAAGGUAACAUAAAACGAGUCGCUAGAGACAGAUCUUGUUCUGUAGUUAUGAAUCUGACUUGUUUUAACAAACUGAUUGAGUAUACCAACUGGUGCUGUCUGUCUGUUGAUAUCAUUCAAUGAAUAGCGAAUGUUUACCGAAUGUUAUUUGUAGUUCUGCGAAAUGAGACUGGAUUGUCUCCCUUGUUUCUUGUUGUGGGCUACGUCAAGCUACGUAAAUUUCGCUGUCAAAGGUCUUUGUGCUUUGUUUUCUGUAAAGGCUGGUCCUCAUACGAUUUCUACGAUCGAUGAAAAAAAGUUCACUGACUGUUACGGUUAUGAUAUGGAGACAACAUUAGCAGCAAUAGACGCUGAGAUAGGCUCAUUGCCAUAAUUAUAUUUAAAAGCUGCGAUCAAUGAGAUCGCGACGAUCGUUGAACAUUUUUAACAAUUCUAGCGAUUUUAUGAAAACCAGCCCUAAAAGGACAAGAAUCAUAAUGUUGCAGUCCUUUCUGAGAGAUGAAAUUGUUCACCGAUUAUGGGUGCAGUUAUACCAUAACUGUGCUUAAACCAGGGCGUGCCGAGAAAAAGUAAAUUACGUAGUAUGAAAAGGGCAAUCUAACUUCUAUUUGGUGAGCCCGGUCAGUGUAAAGCUUAGGGUUACGGUAAUUGGUUUCGCUCACUUCACAGUGGCGGUGUGUUUUGUGAGAAUACAAAUGUGCUUUCUUUGACACCUAGGCAUUUUAGGGGGUACUGGUAAACCCAAACCGGAAAAGGACACUAAUGUAUUUUGAUACUUCAGGCGUGCCAGUAGUGUAAUAGCAUUAUACCGCUCUUUAAGGUGUUAAUGAGAAACGUUCGUGCCCUUUUUUUGUGCUAACAAAAUAUCCUUUACCUAUUUAAUAUAGAAAAUUCCAACACUCACAGCAAGAUGUAAGACAACAAAUCCGAAUCGCUCGAACUUCAUUAGCGAUGUGAAGUGCCAGGUUGUGUAACCGAAAAGUUGUUAGUUAUCCCCAGGAGAGGAUUGUAAAUGGCCGUUAGGUCCAGUCCCUCGUCCCUAUUCGGAGAGCGUUUUCUUUGUUUGAUAGCAAUGGUCUCCUUGAUGCGGUGCUUUAUGGUGUUACUUUUCUUCGGAUAGUACUUUUACAUUGUGUGGGUUUAUAUUGUGACCCGUUGCAUGACAGUGCUCGAAAACGGCAGAAGUUUCACGGGAGUGGUGUUCUUCGAUCCAGGUACUUCACGUCAUAUCGCUGAUGAAGGUCGAGUGAUUCGGACCAAAUAUUUGUUUUUUGUCUCAAAUUUCGCUCUGAGACUUGGAAUUUUCUAUACCAAAUGUCUUCGCCAUAACAGGUGAAAAACCAUUUUGGUAACAUCCUUUACCUAGGUUGCUGUCGAAAAUCAAAUUCGGAACCUGCGUUAUCGCUGGGAGUUGGUUAAAAGAGGUGAUUUAUUAAGCUUUAUGAUGGCUCCAGUCGGCGCAGAGAUGUCCCCCCAGCUGGAAGCAUCCGUUAAUGAAAUGACGCGCUGCCUUAAGUCACUCUUCAGCGUCAUGUUUUGUACGAGCAGGGGUGAGCCGUCCAUUAGUGAACAACAAUUGGCGACCAUCUCACAGAUCAAAGGAAUGCUACAAUCUCAGCUGGCCGAUUUUGAGGAUUACCUGCUGGUGAAAGGACAAAGAAAUGUUACAAUGACUGCGUAUCCUUUUUUUCUCAGAACUGCGUCGGCGUUUGUUUUCUCAUGAUUCGCAACGGCUUUCCUGCGCUUGAUUUCCCGGCCUUGGGGCCACUUGCGUCUUUAUACUUUCUCCCUGUAAUUAGUUUAUUUAUUUUUGUCAGAAUCUUUACUUUUGCUGUGAUUAGCUACGGAAUACAUCUUAAACAGUGAUUUGCUGUUUUCAAAAUUAUUACAUCUAUAAGAUGUCGGUAAAGGAAAUCUUGCGCCGUGGUUAGCUACCCUAGAGAGCAAGAUGAAGCUAUGUUUCCCACAUGGGAUUUUCCCUUUUUUUUCGUAGGGGAAUAGUUCUUGAAGAUGGCGCACAAGUUCGUGACUUGAAUCAGAGUUUUUUCUAGGAAAAAAUAAUUAUGGAACAAAGCCGAAAAAACUUAGACUAAUUUUUUUUUGAUAAAGUCAUUUCAUACGUCAUAAAGUCCUAUCUAACAGUUUUUUUUAGACUACUUUGAUGUGUGGAUGCUUGUAAGAGCAGACGCAUAAACGCAUCCUCCCAGACACACGUCCACGUAUUUUUGGAUGCGUUUUGCUUCUAUGUUUUGGUUUGUUAUCUCUGUCUUUUUAUGCAAUCCCGUUUACAUUGCUUAGCAAUUAUCAGUUAUCUUGAAGACUUUCCUGGUUUGGUGCAUUUCAUUUAUGUGGACCGCAGCAGUGACCAAGUAACCGCUCCUUCUAUUAACACCACACCAAGCAAAAUCCGAGACACUUCCGAUCCCUGCUACGUCAUCAAACAGAAAAUAUGGGAUAUGUGGGUUUACAUUCAUUCUUAUUUACUCCUUGGUAAGUCAAAUGUAAUCAGAUGUUGUGUUCUCGCGUUUUUUUCCAAAUAAUAACCAGGGAUUUUAUUCUCUCUAUAUAAAUGCAUGGUUACGGGCAAUGUCACGGGAUGUGUUUAGCAUGAGAAUAACACGAUUUGCGGAUGAAAGCAGUAAGGUUUUUAACAUAGCAAGGUCACCUCCAGCCACGCUUCUAUUCAAAGGCCAGGGCACUAAGCACACAACUGUAAAAUGGCCUUUUUUUGGUGUCUUUAGUUUGCCAUAGACGCUUUGGAAAUGUCAUGAACCCAUUUAGGCCCGCCAAAACAAAUAGGAAGGUCAGAACUCUCCAGGGCAUUCCAAUGUUACAAAUAAAUGUGUUUGGUAUGUGCUAUCUAUUAUAUUCUAACGGAAUAUGAAAAUUCCAAUAUAUUUCUGUGACACAGCAUAUCCAUUUUCCAGGUCACACUUUCAUUGCAGUACGUGACGGAGACUUUCUGUUUACAUAUUGUCUUUGGUUUGAAGACUCAUCCGGGAAUCCUGUCGUACUGCAUUGUCCUCUUCCAGUCCUCCACGGUUCGCCUCCUCCGGGAAUUCUGUCGACAUCAUUUUACAAGUAAGUCGUCAUUGGGUAAAAUAAGCAUCUCACAUGGUUUCACCACUGUCGAUGCAUUCUGGUUUGUGUUGGUGUAAUGGGGCCAACAUUUGGGGACACAAACCGUCUCACAAGGUCACUGACCGUUUCACAUGCGCAUCCACUAAGUCAUCUAUAAUGUCCAGAGCUGUCACUAAGGGAGGGGGCGGGAGUUUUUCCCUGGCUGCUUUCAUAGCAAACGAAAGGAAAAUAGAACCAAAAGAACGUCCUAACCAUACUGGCCAUACCGCUUAGUUGAUUGUGUGUGCUUCAAUUCAUACUGCGGUCCUGAAUGUAUGACCUGUAGAAAAGUUAUUCAUAGGCGAAACAGGCCGAAAACUUGGCGGCCGUUUCCGCGAACACCUUCGAGUUGUUGGAAGAAACGACAAUGACGCACCGAAACCACUAGCACACCAAUUUAAAUUCGCAAGUCAUUCCAGCCCAGGAACCAGAGAGGCUGACUUUGAGAAUACGCUAGUUUGUAGGGAAAUGAAAAAGGAUGUUUAUACAAAGUUUAAAGGGGGUUUCUUAAGGGGAGGUUGGGGGGUGGGGAAGGGAGUUGAUUAUGGGAGGAUAUGGAAGGGCGAAUAGGGUAAUAGGCCUCUUUGAGAAGGUCAGUCAUAUGGCACAAAAACACCAUGCUGGGAUGCAAGAAACGUGCUGGGAUAAGGCAAAUAAAGGGCUUGCGUCUUUUAAAUAUGGUACCUUGUCCAAGUGCUUUUUUAGCGUUUUAACAUGGAAUUUUUGUACCACGUGGCUGCAGAGCUGCAAAGGACCUAUUAGAAGCAAACCAUUAUCUAACCUAUGCUAAAGGUUGUUCGAAUCUCUGUUGUCGUUUCAGGGAUCUCACUAGGCGAUGCUUCCCAUCAGCCCCAGCAAACGCUGUUCGUUGUUAUGAGUUGAUGUGUGUACAUGUUGGCUUAGUCCCAGUUCAGUUCGCCACCAAACACAUCCGAAGUCUCGCAUCUGCGCUGUUUCAAACAUCCCUGGGAGCCAAUUAUCCAAUCAGCUUGAUACAAUGA